AUGGCUCGUCUGGUGUUGUGCUCGUUAGCCCUGCUUUUAGCAGGUGCCCUGGCGGAUUCCACGUGGGAGAUCAAGAAAAAAGUUGCUGACCAGGUAUUCCUUAAGCAGCAAGUGGAUGUGCUUAGCCUAUUUUUCCACAUUCAUGAACCCAUUCACGUGCCCGAGCUUCAAGAUGCUGUGAACAACUGGGAUCUUCAAAAGAACAUUAAUCUCUAUACCAAUGCUAGUGCUGUGCAGAUUUAUGCAGAAAUGUUAAAGGAGGGUCUUAUGCUGCCUCGUACUGUGCCUUUUUCGGUUUUAGAGCCCACACAUGUAUUUGAAACUAAAGUAUUGUUUAACGUUCUCUAUUCAGCUAAAGACUUUGACACGUUUUUCAAAACAGCAGCCUUCUUGAGAAACAAGAUCAACGAGGGUCUUUUUGUGCCGAACCAUUUCCAUUUGGAUCAACCAGAGUUUAUUGAAGCUGUAAAUGAGAUUAUUGAUAUUGAACACCGUAUUCGGGAAGCAAUCGACACGGGAUAUGUCAUCAAUCCAUUAGGAGAACAUAUUAGCAUUCAUUCUCCAGAGGCAAUUGACAUUCUCGGUAGUGUAAUCGAAGCUAAUGCCGACUCCGUGAACCCGCAAUACUACAAAAACUUUAUCAGCGUUUGGAAGAAACUGCUCGGCAACACUGUAUGGCACAAACACCAGUAUCAUAAAAAUCUCAUUCCAUUGGUGGUUCCAUCAGUGUUGGAGCAUUACCAGACUGCUUUGCAGGACCCAGCAUUCUACAUGAUCUGGAAACGCGUUUUGGGUCUUUUCACUUACUGGCAGAAACAGUUCUCAGCUUAUAAGAAAGAAGAACUGGCAUUACCUUCAGUUGUUAUUAAGAGCGUUGAAGUCGAUAAACUAGUCACUUACUUUGAGCACACAUAUGUCAACGUUACUAACCACCUCCACAUGAACGAUUUCGAAAGCAAGGCAGUCGCGGAUGACAUAAGUGUCGUGGUGCAACGUCCUCAACUGAAUCAUAAGACCUUUAAUGUCCGUGUUAAUGUGAAGAACGAAGUUGCAAAGACUGUUGUUGUUAAAUUCUUCUUAGCACCGAAGUACGACAGCGAUGGUUACGAAAUUCCGCUGCACGUUAACACCGAAAACUUUUAUUUGUUGGAUCAAUUCCUUUAUGACCUGCCUGUCGGUGAUGUCACUAUUAAACGCAAUCCGUCAGACAAUUGGUUUACAAUUCGUGACUGGACCCCAGCGUAUCAAGUGUAUGAGAAGGCUAAUGACGCAUUGCACGGUAAAGGACAAUUUGUUAUCGAUAAGUCUCAAAGGCUUGAUGGAUUCCCAGACCAUCUUCUAUUGCCUAAAGGUCGCGUUGGAGGAAUGCCAUUCGUUUUCUUGGUAUACAUUUCUGAAUACCGCUCACCUAAGGUUCCAUAUGCUAGCAACUUCGAUGCUUCUUCUUCUCUUGGCCUUGGUUCUGGUGCUCGCUGGAUGAAUGACGAACCAUUUGGAUUCCCAUUGGACCGGCCGUUGUAUCAGUGGCAGAUUAAGGAUCUUCAUAACAUAUACGUUCAAGAUGUGUCCAUAGUCCACAAACAAGUUCCAGAAGUAAUGAUUCCUCACGUAGAA